AGCGGCAAUAUGUGCAUCGGUAUUAAGCCAGACUGUGCCUUCUCCUUCGGUAAGGCAACUGCUAAACUCAGCUGAUUCGCGCAUCCUCCUCGAGAGUAUGAGUAUCUUGUUUCUCUUCAAGAAACUGCAUCUUGACACACAUUUUUCCUAGAAAUUUACCAUCGGUUUAUGAUACUUUCAUUGCGUUUGAGACACACUUUUGCUCUCUUUCUUGAAAGUGCAUGCGCAAUUGCGAUUUCGAUUCAGCUUUCUUUCCUUAUCCUUAGUUAGCUCGCACCUCUUAGACCGUAAAGGAGUCUAUUACAGGAGUAGUCUAUCUUCAAACCCGUCUCCUCUUUUAAUAUUUCUUGCAUCAACUUAUUCAAAAUGGUGGUCGCUCUUGCAGCCGAUUCGUCCAUGCCUGCCUCCGGCAACCACUUCACCUCUCCCGCUGAUGAUUUUCUCACCCAAUAUGCGACUUUCGCUAUCGGCACCAAAAACCCAGCUAAGGUCAACGCCGUCAAGGAAUCGAUCGCACAGUAUUACCCUAACGACAUAUCUGCUUUCGACACCAAAAUCGAGUAUUCUUCCGUAAAAAGCGGCGUGAGCGAACAGCCUAUGGGACUUCCAGUUAUCACUUUAGGAGCUAAGAACCGCGCUAAGGCUGCUUGGGACGCAGCUAGUAAAAAGCCAUGUCUUGCCUUUGGAAUUGAGUCUGGCUUGAUCCGACUGGACGGUGGCGAUGAUCCUAACAGUUGUACCUCGCAAAAUCUUUCUUCGUCCGGCUGGUUCGACCUCUGCGUCGUCUCUUGCUACGACGGUCAACAGCACUUCCUAGGGACGUCUUGUGGGUUCGAGCUUCCGCCAAACAUCAUGCGCUUUUUGGUCGAGAGUCUGAAAAAACAAGGCCUCACAAGCUUCGAAGAAGAUGACAAGGACAAGAAACGUGUUACAGAGGUAGUCGACCUGUCUCAGGCUUGCUAUCGUGCUCGGAUUACGAAUAAAUCGAACCUUGGGGAAAACGAAGGUUUAGUCGGCAUCCUGACGGAAGGUCGUUUGACGAGGUUGUCCUACACGAAACAGGCUGUAACAACUGCGCUGAUUGGAGUCAGACCGACUUUUAAGGGAUCGUUUUCGCAGGAGGCGAGAGAAAAGGCCGAUGAGAAUUAGUACAGUGAAUGCGGUCGGCGGAAGAAAAUAACCUUGCUGCUGCUCCUAACGUAAAAACACUAAAUUCUCGUAUUCGCAAUUGCAUGAGUAGAAAAAGGGCACCAGAAUAAUUAGUAGCAAACUCACAAGUAAGUUUAAGUUAACACCUUCACCUUUUUAUCUUUCUAAUGUAAUACUAAAGAUGCGUGUAGUUCAUCAAUUAUCAUCCCCCACGUUUUGUGUUGUACAAUUCACUUGUAGUUCUCUUUCAUAUAAUCACUAUGUAUUGCACGCUAACAGAGAUGUUCAUCAAAAGGAGCUAGUCAAAGUAUCGCUCAAUGGAUUUCCGUUCGCUUUAAAAUAUCUUACGGACAUGCGGAUGCGUCUUGGUGUUGUGAUUAAAUUUCACCCAAGGUGGUCAU